AUGCCUUGUGAAAUCAAACGUCGUCGAUCUCCUUCCCCUGACGAAGUGCUGCUCAAGAGAGAACCAUCGUCAUCUCUUUCGCCACCGCCACCUUCGCCCCUAGUCUUUCCUCCCAAGGUCUCUUCCGCAAAGUCAACUCACAAGGCAAAAAAGCUUAAAAUUCUAUCCGACUUCACUUCCUCCUCCCCCUUUCCAGAUUACUCUCAUCCUACACACGAAGAGGCUCAAGAUGUCUGUGCGCUUCUUGCGAAGACUCAUCCCCAGCACGCAGGCGCCCGCAGAGCUCCUUCAUCCGCGGGAAACUCGGCAUCGACAUGCGGAGGCGUGUCCAAUGUCAUCGACUCGCUCAUAGGCACCAUUCUUUCGCAGAACACGAAUGCGGCCAACUCGACUUCUGCCAAACGCAGUCUAGAUGCGACGUUCGGAUUGCACAACUUCGGUGCUAUCGCCGAUGCCCCUCGGGAGGACGUGAUUGAAGCUAUACGGCAUGGUGGCCUUGCGAACCGCAAAGCCACCAUCAUUCAGAAUCUUCUGCGCGCGAUUCAUGUUCGACAUAGCACUUACUCUCUUCAGCACCUCGCUUCCCCAUCAGUCUGUGACGCGGCUGCCAUGGAAGAACUCGUUUCAUAUGACGGCGUCGGACCGAAAACAGCCGCAUGCGUCUUGUUGUUUUGUCUUGGGAGAGAUUCAUUCGCGGUGGAUACACACAUAUAUCGCCUAACUAGGUUAUUAGGAUGGGUGCCGCAGAAGGCAGACCGGAUCCAGGCGCAGAUGCAUUUAGACGUGAGGGUACCGAAAGAGCUGAAGUAUCCGCUGCACGUCCUGAUGAUUCAGCAUGGUCGAACUUGCAAGGGGUGUAAAGCAAACGGGCGAGGUGGUAUAGGGGAGUGCAUACUGAAGGAGUAUAUGAGGGACAAGAAGAGCGUUAAAAGUGAGGUAAUCGAGACGACUAUCGAAGGUACGGAGCGCAUCAUGAGCGAACGAGAUUGA